AUGGCUAAUGAAAAGAGAGAGAAGGGAAGGGUUGAUAGCGAUAAAGGAGAUAGCGGUAAUGUUGUCGAAAAUGGGUGGUGUUGGAAAAAAGUGAUUCUUACAUUUUUUUCUCCAACAAAUUUGGCAUCAGAGCCAGGCAUGUCAGCUAACAGUAGUUCGUUGAGUGUGGCACAACGACUUAUUCCUGUCUUCAAGGGAGAAAGCUACGAAUUCUGGAGUAUACGUAUGAAAACUAUACUCAAGUCUCAAGAUCUUUGGGACUUAGUAGAACGUGGAUUCCUGAUGAAGAAAAUAGGCUGCGAGAACCCAAGAAAAAAGACGCUAAGACGUUGGUGUUUAUCCAGCAUGCUAUCCAUGACAACGUUUUUUUCACGAAUCGCAACAGCAACUACAUCGAAGCAAGCCUGGUCCAUUCUGCAGAAAGAGUUUCAAGGAGAUUUAAAGGUCAUUGUGGUGAGACUACAAUCACUUCGGCGUGACUUUGAAACCUUAAUGAUGAAAAGUGGUGAAUCUAUUGCUAGUUUUCUGUCAAGAGAAAUGACAAUUGUCAGUCAAAUGCGAUCAUAUGGAGAGGUCACUGAUCAGAUUAUUGUUGAAAAGGUACUGAGAAGCUUGAAUCCAAAAUUCGGUCACGUAGUUGCGGCUAUCGAAGAAUCUAAGGAUCUAUCAAUUUUUUCCUUUGAUGAACUGAUGGGAUCUCUUCAAGCUCAUGAGGCGAGAAUCAAUCGUUUAGUUGAGAAGAACGAAGAAAAGGCAUUUCAAGUGAGUGACUCAACCACUAAGCAUGGAGAUAAUAAUCGUCCAGCAAGUAGAGGCCGAGGAAGAGGAGAAUUUCGCGGUGGUCGAGGCCGUGGUCAUGGAAGAGGCAGAAGAAGAAAUAUUGGGCAUAAGCAGUCCAAUGAACAAGGCAACACAAAAAAUGGCGUUCAAUGUCAUCACUGCAAUCGGUAA